ACACGCACACACACACACACACACCGGUAGGCUAGACUAGAACUGAUCUAUCAUUCGUCUCACCUGAAGGCCUUGUUGCACGGGACACGCCUUUUCACAGACCACUUGCUUUGUUGAGUUCAUUGUGUUAACGUAAACGGUUAACUACACAAAUCCAUCGACAUGGCAGACUUGGAAACUAAAUUCAAGACAGCUGCUGAUGAGGUGACAAAGCUGACCUCAGAGCCCUCCAAUGAGGAAAAACUUGCUAUUUAUGGUCUCUUCAAACAGGGGACUGUCGGGGAUUGCAACACAGAGAGGCCAGGAAUGUUUGACAUGAAAGGAAAGGCCAAGUGGGAUGCCUGGAAUGCAUUGAAAGGCAAAUCAAAAGAGGACGCACAGAAUGAAUACUGUUCCAAAGUUGAAGAACUGAAGGGGAAAUACAACUAACUGACAUUCCUUUCCUAGUUUUCUUCACCUUUACAAUUUCAUAUCUCCAUAGUGUUUGUGUUGUCAAGUUAUCUUGUUGGAUGAUCACGUCAUGUGUGCAGUGGCCCGCUGAGAAAAUCUGGCACAGACAAACAACCUGGGGAACAACGAAGUUUUUUGGACUUCAGAGAAACUGUUAACAUGACCAACUAAUUAGGAAUUUUUUGUCUUAAUGAAGCUAGACAAGUAUUGAGCCUGUGAAGACACAUCCAUAUAUAUUUUAUCUCGCUUGUCAGAAAAAGACUACUUGUUGAUACAUUCGCUUAUUUGUAGUGUCAGAGUCAGAGUUAGUCUUGUUACGUGAAGUUAUGUGAGCAUAAUGGGUAUUUAGUAUUACUUAUCCACUGCUGUCUGCUCAAGGUAAGAGAUCGAUCAUGAAAUGACUGCCUGUCAAAUUAUUGCUUUUGUGCUCAUACUGACUUUUUGCCAUGACUUUUAUGACCAAAAAAAAGUACAGCAGGAGGCUUAACGUAACAUUUUAUUUUGGAGCAUUAUUCUUUUGUUAGCAUACUUUUUCAAAAGGAGCAUGUAUUUCCUGUAAGCAUUUUUUACAGAAAUUGUCGCCUUCUUUGUAAGAAUUGUUGUCCUAAAUAUAUGCUUUUUCACUGUAUUACAGUUGCAUAUAUGAUAUUCUUUGUGUACUUUUUCAUUGAACCAAAAUAAAUAAUUCAGAUAUCCCAAAAUUA